CUUCGUGUAAGAACUAAGGGAGGGGGUUUGGUUUCGUCAAGGUCUUUGCUUUUUUCAUUCCAAAGUAUCUCAGCACUCCAUUUUUACAUCUUCGUGUUCUGUUUUUUCUCAACAAAGAUCACUUCUUUGUGAAGAAGAAGAGGAUGAACAAAACCAAAUCCACAAGGGUACUUCCCUACCCAACCCAGAACCUCACUGAACACUACACCAUCGGGAACACGUUGGGUCAGGGUCAGUUUGGCACCACAUACCUCUGUACCCAUAAGUCCACUGGCCAGAGGUAUGCUUGCAAAUCAAUCCCAAAAAGGAAGUUAAUUUGCCAGGAGGAUUAUGAUGAUGUGUGGAGAGAGAUACAGAUAAUGCACCAUCUGUCUGAGCACCCGAAUGUGGUGAGGAUCAGGGAUACCUACGAGGACCAGUCCUGUGUGCACUUGGUGAUGGAGCUCUGUGAAGGGGGUGAGCUUUUUGAUAGGAUAGUGAGGAAGGGGCAUUACAGUGAGAGGGAAGCGGCUAAGUUGAUUAAAACCAUUGUUGGGGUUGUUGAAGCUUGUCAUUCUCUUGGGGUUAUGCAUAGAGAUCUCAAGCCUGAGAACUUCUUGUUUGAUACAGUGGAGGAAGAUGCUGCUCUCAAGGCUACUGAUUUUGGGUUGUCUGUUUUCUACAAACCGGGUGAAACCUUUUCUGAUGUUGUUGGGAGUCCAUACUAUGUGGCACCAGAGGUGUUGAGGAAGCAUUAUGGACCUGAAUCAGAUGUAUGGAGUGCUGGUAUCAUUUUGUACAUAUUAUUAAGUGGGGUUCCUCCUUUUUGGGCAGAAAGUGAAAUGGGGAUCUUCCGGCAGAUUUUACAAGGGAAAUUAGAUUUUGAUUCUCAACCAUGGCCUGCUAUUUCAGAAAGUGCCAAAGAUCUGAUAAGGAAAAUGCUUGACCGUAAUCCAAAAAGAAGGCUUACUGCUCAUCAAGUCCUGUGCCACCCAUGGAUUGUAGAUGAUAACAUUGCACCUGAUAGACCUCUUGAUUCUGCAGUAUUGUCUCGCCUGAAACAGUUUUCUGCAAUGAACAAACUUAAGAAGAUGGCUUUGAGAGUCAUAGCAGAGAGGCUUUCUGAAGAAGAGAUUGGCGGUUUGAAAGAGUUAUUCAAGAUGAUAGACACAGACAACAGUGGAACUAUAACAUUUGAAGAAUUAAAAGAUGGGUUAAAACGAGUUGGUUCUGAACUUAUGGAAUCGGAGAUCAAGGAUCUCAUGGCUGCAGCCGACAUUGACAAUAGUGGGACAAUUGACUAUGGUGAAUUCCUUGCUGCUACUGUGCACUUGAAUAAGCUGGAGAGGGAGGAGAAUUUACUCUCAGCCUUCUCCUUUUUCGACAAAGAUGGAAGUGGAUACAUAACCAUCGAUGAGCUUCAACAGGCCUGCAAAGAGUUCGGUUUGAGUGAGCUUCACCUUGAUGAGAUGAUCAAAGAAAUUGAUCAAGACAAUGAUGGGCAAAUAGAUUAUGGGGAAUUUGCUGCAAUGAUGAGGAAGGGCAACGGAGGUAUCGGGGGAAGGAGAACCAUGAGAAAGACAAUUAAUUUAGGAGAUGCUUUUGGUUUGGCAACCAAUGGAACCAAGGAAUUGAUGGACCUUGACUCAAAGUAACAAUUGAACCUUGGCUAACUUAUCGAAUUUGCAGUUGGCUUAAAUGUCUAAGAUUUUGUGUACGAAUGCUGACAUAUAUAACUGAAAUGUGCAAGUAAGAACUUUUACCAAUCUUCUAUUCUGUGUAGGAGCCUGAUUUAAAGAAAACCCAACGUUGAAG